UUUUCAGAGCACACUUAUAUUGCUGAAAACAACAAUGAACUUCCUGUUUUUCUUUUUCUUCCUGGCAGCUUGUUACUUAGGGCUAACGAAUGCUAGUACCCUCUCGCCAGAAGAAGCGCGUCGCUUCAUGGAAUGUAUGAAGAAGUGCAAAGGUGACAAAUGGACAUGCCAAAGAAAGUGUUCCUUCAUCUGAGGCAUCUCAGGAACCAUUCUGAAUGAAACGAGCACUUUUCCUCAUUGCCUGUUUCUUCUUGUGAUAAGAUAAAAUAAAGCAUUGUGCAGUGUGU